UAUCUAUCCAUGGCUAAUGGGGUGGAGUCCAGUCCGUUCCAGAUGGGAGCUGUCCCCAGCACAUUCCAGAAGCCAGUGGCUCCAUGCCUGGCCCAGAAUGGCGGCCACAAGUUCCUUGACCCUAGAAAAUCCUACAGUCCUAUGCAUGGGUGCCCUGUUCAGGAAAUGUUAGGGGUUUCCAGUCACUUCCUGAUUUGGGAAGUGUACCCUGCCUUCCUCUCUCACCCCCAGUCUUGGGGAGAGAGAGCCAGACAGAUAUACCCAGCCUGUUGGGAGAGAGAGAGGGGGCUACCCCAGAGGGGGCGGCCUGGACAGAGGAGGGGUGCGGCAGGGCACAUGGAUUCAGGGUAGCUAUGGAGGGGCCCAGAGUUGAGGGGUGACCUCUUCAGGGUCAUGGUCCAAGUGGGGCUUGUAGGAGAGGUGGGGGGUCCAGGUGGAGAGGCGAGCAGGAAUGGCACCCCUGGGGAACAGUAGCAGCCCCCCAGAGGCCCUGUGUCCUGAGGCCCCACCUCCGCCUCACCUGUGCACGGCCCCACACACUGCCGGCAGGGUGCGCGUGCGCGGGCCCAAAGAGCAGGCACCUGGCCACACACCUGUGCAGAGCCCGCCUCCCGCCCUCCCUGCACAGGAAUGGCGGUCUCCCAGCUGCCAUCGCCACUUCUGUCGCUGUCUCUGGUGCUGCUGCUGGGGAAUUCCUCUCUUGCCUCUGUCACCUCUAGAGGUAAGAACAGACUCCACCAUCCAGGUCUUUCCAGAGCAUGACUCCUCAACUUCAGGGACAUUCUCCACCAUCAUGUCCAGCCCCAGCUCCACAACUCCAGGGUUGGCACCCACUUCCUCUUCAGAAAUGGCCCCCCACCGCAGUUCUGGCUCCCUGGGUUCAGAGCCUACCACUCCCUCCCACUCCAGCCCUCCAAGUUCCCCCACCUUGACCUUGCAUAUGAGCUCCACUUCUCCCAGCUCAAGAACAGAGCCCUCUUCCAUGCCCUCAGCCACCACUGAUGGGACCUCUGUGUCCUCUGGCCCUGGAGACACUGGGGCCCCCGAGCUGCACAGGAACCCAGGCGUGGUGGUGGCUGUGUGUCUGCUGGUGUCCAUUGUGGUCGUCGGGUCUGUGCUGGUGGCCGUGAGGUGUUGCCACCGUGGUGUCUGAGUUCUAGAAGCCGGAUGAGGUGUCCACGGUGAGGAAACUGUGAGUCAAGCGUCAUCCUUUGCCACCACCAGAGUGAUCUCCGUGGGGCCGAGGGAGAAGGGGGCUUGGAUGGGGC